AUGGAAAGUGUAACGCAUUCUCGCCAACCGAAUAAGGUAUCUGUCACGCUACCCAAGAAAAUCUCCAACGGUACUUUCUCAUCUACCAAAACUCUAUACGACGACGUUUACGGUGGUCCACCGAAGUUCACCGCCUCCUCUAUCUCGCCCCGCUUCGAAGACUACGGCGAGAUAUUCUCGAGCUUCCACGCUGCUCGCUCAUCCUCCAUUCCGGUUUUGGAUCUUCCGGAGGUUGACGCCGGCGAGGUCUUCUUCGACUUCCGUCGUAAUGCUUUUGACUAUGCUGAGGUCUUUGGAGGCUCCGGCGGACUAGACUUUUGGUGUUCGCAUGAGGACUUGUUUCGUUAUGGUGACUAUGAUGAAGAAGAAAAAGAAGAAGAAGAAGCCUGGACUUCAGUAGAAACCGAUUCGUUUUCGGGAGACUUGGACCGUUUUGGAAAUAAUGUAGGUGUAUCAAGUGGUGGUCUCUUCCAGUCCGUUGAUGGAAAUACAGAGUUCAACAUUUCGUUUCAUAAGGUCAAUGGUACGAGCAAUGAAGAUAUGUCAAAGGGGAAAACUCACAUAACUCAGAUGCAUGCUGUUCCUGGUGUCACACAUGUAGUUGAUGAAACCACACUAUUUCAUAGGACUGAUCCAUCCUUGCAGGUUGUGGAUGACAUUGACCUUGAUAUGGAAUUUAGUGCAGGCAGGGGAAAGAGAAACCAUCAUAAGAAAAUGAUGUCGCGUCCCUGUAAUGUUACUUCUGGUGAACAGAUUCUCUGUUGUGAUCUUGACCUGCAUGAUGGAUACGACAGAAAUGUUUCUCAUUCUAGUGAGAUGUUCAUAACCGUUUCUGACGUCAGCCUCAGAACCAUACCAUCUCAAUUGCCACCUCCUUGCCGGCCACCACCUUUAUUAGAUCCAAGCAAGGGAUACACUAGUGAAUCUCAUUCCAACAGUGAGCGGAUUGAUUCUGAAGAUACUUUAGGUGAUGGUUCACCACCUUUCUUUGACGUGGAGGUUGAUAUUAAUUCGUCUGCGUCUGUUGUGAAAGAAGCCACAGACAGAUCAGAAGCAAAAGUUAGGACUGUAAAAGAUUUGAAGGGGAGAAAGAAGAGGGGUUCUGAAAGCAGCAUAAAAUCAACUUUUGAUUUAAAAACAAAGGAAACAGAGACGAGUGAGAAUAUAACUAGAUUUAAUAGUUUGAAUGAUGAGAGAGUGCUGGCUACUUGUGAUCGAAGAUCUGGCAAAAUAAAAAUUUCUGCCACAGAUGAAAGGCAGAAAGCUAGGAAGGCCGCUCCAGUAAUUCCAGAACCAUUAGAAGGGAAAAAACAUUUAAACUUGUUCGAGGAAAAGCACAUGAAGGAAUCCAGGCCAUCUCAAGAAUCAGAUCAAAGUAUUGGAGUUGGGACAUGGAAAGAAGCAACUGAGUUUAUUGAAUUGGUGGGAACAGAAGAAUCUCAAAAGGUAGUUCAUCCCAUAAAUCAUCCUAAGUGUUUGGUGCAAGAUGCCAGAACAUUUGAGCAUUGGAGGAAAGAAGGAGAAGCAUCUAAUAUCCAAGAAGAAUACCAAAAGGUAAAAGCAAGUUUAGAAAUUUAUGAGCCUGACGAAUACAAGAAGAAAUCUAAAGCAGAAAGAGGGGCUUAUGAACAGGUAAAAAACAUUAGGAGAUCUAAAUCAUCUAGUGUGGAAUGCAGACAGAGAGAGCCUGCGAAGAAUGACGAAAUUGCUGAAAUUUUUAAGCUCGAGAAGAGUGAGAAGAUAAGAACGACUAGUCAACAUGGAAAAACCGAGAAGAAAGCAACUAAAGCUAAUCAAGUGGAAAGUGAGACAUCAAAAGAGGUUGAUGGACAAGAACCAAGUGAAGUUCAGUUUAACUUGAAGCUUAAAGAAAAUGAGAAGAAACUAAAACAGAAUGGAGAGCAGCAUUUGGGUGUGAAAAACCACAAGCACUCUCAAAUAAUGAAAGAAAAUGAAACAAUUCAAAGAGAAGCUUUUGCUCCUGAAGCAGCAGAGGGUGAGGAAAGUGUCAAAGAUUCUGAGGAGCUUGAGAAAAUUAAAGGAAGGUCAAAUCAAGCUAUUAAGCUGGAUAGGCCAGAAGAGAAUGUAACUUGCACUAGGGAUAAUGAACAACAUAUAGAGAACAGAAGUGGACUCCAAGAAAGCCAAAAAGAUUCUUUUAAAAACAAAGGAAGUAGUGAAGGCCCAAAGCCUGCUCAUGGGUGGGUAGUGAAUGAAACAGGGCUCAGUGAAGAAGACUUUGAAUCAGGUUUGAAGACAAAAACUGAAGUGGCAUUUGAGCGCAGGACAAAUGAAGCAUGUGUAGAAGAUCAAAGUAAAGAAAAAUUCAAACUGGUUUCUAAUGAAUAUGGAAAAUCAAAUAGACUUGAAGAAACAAGUGAGAGCGAAGGGACUUCGAAUGUUCGGAAACAAGCUAUAGAGCUAGAAAGACGAAGUGGAAAUGAGGCUCAGAUGAAACAAGAAACUGAGAGUAUUUCAAACCAAAUAUCUGACAGGGAAGCACCUUUAGGUAUAUCAAAUGAGAAUAGUCACUCCAAGCAAUUUGAGAAGAUACUUGAAGAUCCUGGUAGGAUUGAAAAAGAUGAUGGGUUUGAUAUAGCCUUGGAGCAAAUGGAAGUGAAUAGAGAAUGUAUGAGCAAGGAAUUUGCUAAAGAAACCAAUGAGAAAUGGAAAGCACAGCAUGGCAAAAAUCAUCUGGCUGCGCAUUCAUCCACCCUUCAUGAAGAAAAUAUUGGAAAACUGGGGGUAUCUUUAGAACCUGUCGCGGAUCAUGAAAUUGGAGAAGCCAGAACUGACUGUGAAAUUGGUGGAAGGAAAUUGGAAGAGGUAGGGGUAGAAAAAAUAAUAGCUGGCGAGAAAAUAACUUCUUUUGAAAUGUCCCAUGGAAAAGGAGAGGUUUCUGGAACACAACCAGGAAAGGUAGAUUGUAGCAUGAGGCACACCAAUGAACUUUGUUUUAGUAGUGAACAUGUGUGCACUGAGAAAGCUAAAACAGUCCCUCAAAUGGAAUUUGAUUCUAGAAAUCAAGAGAUGAAAAUUGCUCAUGAAUGGGGCGAAAGCAAAACAAUUAAACAUCAUGUGAAUGUUGCACCAAACCAGGAAGGAAGUAGGAACCUGAAGUCGUCAAGCCAAGUAAACACAUGUAAUGAUUACAAAAGGAGCACAAUAGUGGAUAAACCUGCUGCAGUUCAAGAAGCAGUAGAUGUCCACAACACUUCCCAAAGGUCUCAUAUAGCCCAUUCCUCACAAAUCAAAGAGAAGUGUCUUAAUGAAACUCCUGCCUCAGUAGAAAAAGGUGCCGAAAAACUGAGAAUAGAAAGAGAAUUAGAAAAAGAACGCCUAAGAAAGAUAGAAGAGGUGGAGAGAGAAAGGGAAAGGCAGAAAGAUAGAAUGGCUGUUGACAGAGCAAUGCUGGAGGCUGAGAGAGAAAGGGAAAGAGAAAAAGAUAGGACGGCUGUUGAUAGAGCAACUUUUGAAGCCCGUGAUAGAGCAUAUGCUGAAGCCCGCGAAAGAGCAGAAAGGGCUGCAUUUGAUAGAGCAACAGCUGAGGCUCGACAAAGAGCACUGACUGAGGCCAGGGAAAGACUUGAAAAGGCCUGCGCUGAGGCUAGAGACAAAUCGUAUGCGGAUAAAGCAAAUGCAGAAGCCAGAUUGAAGGCAGAACGUGCUGCUGUUGAAAGAGCAACUGCAGAGGCUCGAGAGCGUGCAAUGGAAAAAGUAAGGGUUGAGAGAGCUGUAUUUGGGUCCAGAGAACGAUUAGAUAGAUCUGUAUCUGAUAAAUUUAGCGUUUCGUCCAGAAAUGAUGGAAGAAUGGGCUCCUCAUCAUCUGAUAUACCUGAUCCACAGUUUCACAACAUCAGCUCUGCCCCUGGUUCCAGACAUCCAUAUUCAAUUUAUGGUGCCGCUUCUUUUUCUGAGAGAUCUGAAGGUGAGUCAGCUCAGAGGUGUAGAGCUAGACUGGAGAGGUGUCGUCGAACAGAAGAUCGUGCAGCAAAAGCUUUGGAAGAAAAAAACAUGCGUGACCUUCUAGCUCAGAAGGAGCAAGCAGAGAGAAGUAGAUUAGCGGAGACUCUGGAUACUGAAGUCAGAAGGUGGUCAAGUGGAAAAGAAGGAAACCUGCGGGCAUUGCUUUCAACCUUGCAAUAUAUCCUUGGACCUGAUAGUGGGUGGCAGCCAAUCCCACUCACGGAGGUAAUUACUUCUGCUGCGGCAAAGAAAGCUUACAGGAAGGCCACCCUUUGCGUCCAUCCCGACAAGUUACAGCAACGUGGAGCAAGUAUUCAACACAAAUACAUAUGUGAAAAAGUCUUUGAUCUCUUAAAGGAUGCUUGGAGCAAAUUCAACUCCGAAGAAAGAUAG